AUGCCCGAAAAUUAUUUCACCACAAUUGGUGGGUGGAGCAAUAUAGACAUGGAAAAUGAUGGAAAAACUACAAGAGUUAUGGAUGAGAGAAUAGAAAUAUCUGAGGAAGAUAAAAUUACUGGAAGUGAUAUUCAAGCCGAUACCUCUUCUCAUGUAUCUUCUCAGAAGUGCUCAUCCUUAGACUUAAACGAGGAAGCCAUUGAUGAGGAUGAUAGCUAUUCAACCAAUGUCCCUAGUGAUGAAGUCAGCCAUCGCGAAAACAGGAUACCCCCAAAGAUGAUCUUAGUAGUAACAACAAAGCUUUUGAGAGGAAAGAACAAACAACUACAAUUAGACAGUAUUGCCGAUCUAAAAUGCCUCGGCUAUGUUGGAAAGUAA